GAGAGAGAGAGAGCAACCGUCGCCGCCGCGUUUCCUCCUCCUCGUUGAGAGAGCGACCAUGACGCAGCCGCCGCGUUUGCACCCACUCGUUGAGCAAGCGACCAAGACGCUGCCGCCGCUCGGCAAGAAGACGAAGGGGCGGCAGCGCAGGGAGAACCGCCGGGUGGAGAAGAAGGAGUCGCGGCAGGUGACCUUCUCCAAGCGCAAGUCCGGGCUCUGGAAGAAGGCCGCGGAGCUCGCCCUGCUCUGCCGCGCCAGCCUUGCCAUCGUCGUCUUCUCCGAGGCCGGCAAGGCGUUCGCCUUCGGCAGCCCCUCCACCGACGCUGUCCUGGGCUGCGCCGACGUCGACGGCAACGCCCUUGCUCCUGUUCCUGCUGCCGACGACGUGGAGUGGGAGGCCCUGGAGGCACUGUGCCAGGAGACGGAGGCCAUGGGCGUGGAGGUUGCGGCGGAGGCCGAGCGGAUGAGCGCCGUCGGGAAGAAGGUGGUGGAGGUGCAGACGCAGGCGGGGAAACGCUUCUGGUGGGAGGCGGACGUGGAGGCGCUCGGGGAGGCGGAGCUGCCGGUCUUCGCCAGGGCGCUUCAGCGCCUCCGGGACAACGUGCGCCGCCACGCCGACAAGUGGCCCUCCGCUCCACAGCCGCAGUAGUCCCGAGCUGGACGAGCUUCGGUUAAUCGCCAUUGUUCUUGGAUCAUCUUUGAGCUUCGGUUAAUUGCCAUUGCCAUUGUUCUUAGAUCAUCUUUGCUUAGGUGCCUUUUGCUAGUAGUGCUGUGUAAGAUUAGUGGGUAUUAUUGUUCACGGAUACAAUUGAC